AUGAGUCUCCCAUUAGCCAGAAUUAUCUCUACCGCCCUUGCAACAAUCUUUUUAGUAGCUAUUACCUUCAAGACUGUUUCCCCUGGCGAUGACCCCUAUCGUUGCCGUGCUGUGAAGGACACAGGACGCUGGAUUGAUCCGCCGCGAGAUGAAGAAGGCAACAGAAAUCCGUUCCAUCAAUGGCAACCGGACGGAUGCAUUCUCCACCACUAUGAAUCUGGAGAUAUCCGCCGAUGUACGGAAGGUCGUCCGAUAGUGGUCGUUGGUGAUUCUACCUCUCGAAAUGUCGCUCAUGGCUUUGGCCGUCUGAUCGAUAGAAAGCAUAACGACCACGACCGAAAGGCAAAGAAAAUGCCAAAGUCUCAAGCAUUUAAUAUGACAUACCAUGGCCAGCUUAUCCAGCGUCUUCCCAACGUCUGGCUCUCUUCUCAUGGCACCGAAGGCCAAGCACAAUUUGCCCAAGCCAUCAAUGUCUACGCAGAUGAAAAGCAUAGCCUUCCAUCCAUUGAAGGCCAGCAAGGCCCCAUGCUGAUGUAUGUGGCGGGAGGCGUCUGGUUCACCAACGAAUACAGUAUGAUAAGAAAGCAUGAGCUCGAAUUGGCCGCCAAUGCAACCGCAGCUGCCAAACUGACCAACUCGACCGACGCAACCAACAAGACUGAUGCAACGACAGGGCCAAACAGCGAGGCCAAUACCAACCGAACAUCAGUCGUUCCUUGGGAAGAACGCUUUAAGAUAUAUAAAGAGCAUAUUUCAAAGAUUGAGAAUUUUAUUAGCGAGAAUGCACCCGACUAUGACCCUUUCACAGCCCCACUGGAUCCAAUCGAUGGUUUGGGAAAUCAGAUCUUUUAUGCCCCCCCCGCAGGACCUUUAUACAUUGGAGAUGACGCCGGACAUAUACGCGAUGCAAAUCGGCGAGCGGCUGAGGUCAUCGAGAUGCAAGAUUGGCUGAGUGGGGUCGAGGAGAAAUGGAAGAUUCCUCUUGUCUGGGCAAUCCCCAGACUCACAUUUGGACAGGAUAAAGUCUGGAUCGAUCCGCUCUUCACAGGACUCCACGUCAGGAGUCAGGUUGCAGAUGCUCGAGCAAAUAUUCUCCUCAAUCUGAGGUGCAACGCCAAGCUUGAUCGGAUGAAAUCGUAUCCCUAUUCACGAACCUGCUGUACUGACUACGGCGUCAAGCCAAUGUCCCAGCUGGGCGUUGUCUUUGUUGGUCUUGUCUACCUCGUCGCAUGUAUUGUAUGCGAAAUCAUCGAUAUCUGUGCCAAACGAGAUGAACCACGCUGGAGUUUAUGGAACAUGAAAGCAGGAUCUCUUGUCCUCGGGCUUCUCAUGUGCUACUAUGCUGAUCGGACACAAAUGAUGGCAAAGGGAAGCAAACUCUGGCUACCACUAGACUUUGCUGCUCUCGUGGCACCCUGUAUUUCUAUCCUGCUCAUCACGAUUCGACGUUCUCAUUCACUUCCCCCAAAGGAACUAGCCCUGGUAACAGAUGAACCAGAUGAGCCCUUCCUUUCGCGAUUCCAAACUGAUGAGUGGAAGGGUUGGAUGCAGUUUGUUAUUCUUAUUUACCACUGGACUGGAAGCAAGAGCGACACCAUCUAUGUUUUCAUCCGCCUAUGUGUGGGCGCAUAUCUUUUUCAGACCGGAUAUGGACAUACGCUCUACUUCAUCAACAAGAGAGAUUUCUCAUUCAACCGCGUUGCCUCUGUCCUUUUGCGAUUGAACCUUCUCAGCUGUAUGCUGGCGUACUUCAUGGACACAGACUACAUGUUUUACUACUUCUCACCUCUGGUCUCAUUCUGGUUCCUAGUAGUUUAUGCCACCAUGGCAAUUGGCUCACGUCAGUAUAACAGCGAUCCACAGAUACUGCUGGCUAAGAUUUGUAUUUCUUGCUUUGUGGUUUCUGUCAUCCUUUUGAAAACACCCUUUACCAAGUGGAUGUUUAACCUGUUGAAGGUCAUGUUCAAUAUCCAGUGGAGUGUCAAUGAAUGGCAGUACCGCGUCACCCUCGAUAUUUUUAUCGUGUAUGUCGGUAUGAUUACAGCUGUUGUCAACCACGAGAUGAAAAAGACUGCGAUACAUCUGGGUCUUCGUAUUAUUCUCGCAGUUGGUGGGAUCUUUGCAAUUGGCUAUUACUUCAACGCCACAUCGCCUGUGACGAUGAGAGAAUACCGGAUGUGGCACCCACUUGCCUCAUUCAUUCCAAUUCUUUCUUACAUCGCGCUGCGUAAUGUUUCUGCUCCAGUCCGAAAUUAUCACUCAAAGGCCAUGGCCUGGCUAGGCCGGUGUUCUUUAGAGACAUAUAUCCUCCAGUUCCAUCUACUUUUAGCGGCAGAUACUAAUGGUAUCCUGAUUGUGGAUGGAUUCUUUGGCGAUGGUACAUUCAUAGGAGAUCGAUGGAGAACUCUAGCUGUGAUCGUGCCAAUCUUCCUCUGGAUCAGUGAUUCAGUGGCCAAGUCAACAGCACACAUAGUCAACAUAAUCAUGGACGAUGGUGCCGAAGACAAAGAGUACGAGGAGCCGAGGUACGCCUGGAUGGAAAAGGUUCGUCGUUCUGAGCAUUUCACUUGGCCGCAGCUUCGCGUGGCUUGUAUCUUGUUAGUCAUGUGGCUCCUCAAUCUUGUCUCGCCAGGACAUGUAACCCUCCAGGCAUUUGACGGAGGCCACACAGUGAAAAGCUUCCCACCACCAAUUACGGAGAUGCCAUACUAA